GUUUCAAGGCAGGAGGAAGCCAGCCCUGGCCCUGUCCUCUCUGCCUCCCUGCCGUAUAAACCCAUGUGAAGUCAGGGCAUAGUCUGGGUGACUGCUCGCAGCCUGCCAGCCACGGGGGCAGAGGACAGACAGAGCCGGAGAACAGCAGCCGCCACCGAAACCCGGAGCUGGUUCCCUGCCGCACCGGAGCCAUGGAGUUCUCCAAGCUGCCCAGGAUAGAGGACGUGGAGAAGGAGAGCGUGCUGGGGUUUGUCCAUGGCGUCUCCGGGCCAGUGGUCAUCGCCAGCAGCAUGGCCGGGGCCGCCAUGUACGAGCUGGUGCGCGUGGGGCACGCCGAGCUGGUGGGUGAAAUCAUCCGUCUCGAGGGAGACCUGGCCACCAUCCAGGUGUACGAAGAGACCUCGGGGGUCUGCGUGGGGGACCCGGUGCUGCGGACGGGGAAGCCGCUCUCGGUGGAGCUGGGCCCGGGCAUCAUGGGCUCCAUCUUUGACGGCAUCCAGCGCCCCUUGAAAGACAUCACGGAGCUGACCCAGAGCAUCUACAUCCCCCGUGGCAUCAACAUCCCCGCCCUGUCCCAGGACGUCAAGUGGGACUUCGCCCCGAGCCAGAGCAUCCGGGUCGGGAGUCAUGUGACCGGCGGGGACAUCUACGCCCUGGUGGCCGAGAACUCCCUCAUCAAGCACAAGAUCAUGGUGCCACCCCGGAGCCGGGGCACCGUGACCUACGUCGCCCCGCCGGGGCACUAUGACAUCUCGGACGUGGUGCUGGAGCUGGACUUCGAGGGCGUGGCGGAGCGGCUCACCAUGCUGCAGGUGUGGCCUGUGCGGCAGAUCCGGCCCGUGACGGAGAAGCUCCCUGCCAACUACCCGCUGCUGACCGGCCAGAGGGUCCUGGACGCCCUCUUCCCGUGCGUUCAGGGCGGGACCACGGCCAUCCCGGGGGCCUUCGGCUGCGGCAAGACAGUCAUCUCACAGUCGCUGUCCAAGUACUCCAACAGCGACGUCAUCAUCUACGUGGGCUGCGGUGAGCGUGGCAACGAGAUGUCGGAGGUGCUGCGGGACUUCCCUGAGCUCACCAUGGAGGUGGAUGGGAAGACGGAGACCAUCAUGAAGCGCACUGCGCUGGUGGCCAACACGUCCAACAUGCCCGUGGCUGCCCGGGAGGCCUCCAUCUACACAGGAAUCACGCUCUCGGAGUAUUUCCGCGACAUGGGCUACCACGUCAGCAUGAUGGCCGACUCCACCUCCCGCUGGGCCGAGGCGCUGCGUGAGAUCUCCGGCCGGCUGGCAGAGAUGCCUGCAGACAGCGGGUAUCCGGCCUACCUCGGCGCCCGCCUGGCGUCCUUCUACGAGCGUGCAGGACGGGUCAAGUGCCUGGGCAGCCCGGAGCGGGAGGGGAGCGUCAGCAUCGUCGGCGCGGUUUCCCCUCCGGGAGGUGACUUCUCCGACCCUGUGACCUCUGCGACCCUGGGGAUUGUCCAGGUCUUCUGGGGGCUGGACAAGAAGCUGGCCCAGCGGAAGCACUUCCCCUCCGUGAACUGGCUCAUCAGCUACAGCAAGUACAUGCGGGCGCUGGACGAGCACUACGAGCGCUACCACCCUGAGUUCACCGCCCUGCGCACCAAGGCCAAGGAGAUCCUGCAGGAGGAGGAGGACCUGGCCGAGAUCGUGCAGCUAGUGGGCAAGGCCUCUCUGGCCGAGUCUGACAAGAUCACGCUGGAGGUGGCCAAGCUGAUUAAGGACGACUUCCUGCAGCAGAAUGGCUACUCCUCCUACGACAGGUUCUGCCCCUUCUACAAGACGGUGGGGAUGCUGCAGAACAUGAUCGCCUUCUAUGACAUGGCCCAGCACGCGGUGGAGUCCACGGCCCAGUCUGAGAACAAGAUCACCUGGGCCGUGAUCCGUGAGAGCCUUGGGGACAUCAUGUACAAGCUGAGCUCCAUGAAGUUCAAGGAUCCAGUGAAGGACGGCGAAGCAAAGAUUAAGGCCGAUUACGCCCAGCUGAACGAGGAAAUGCAGAACGCUUUCCGCGGCCUGGAGGACUGAGGGUCAGCAACCGGGGCCUCGCUUGGGGCUGGCUGGUGAGCUGGGUCUUUAUCUGUAAUGUCUGUAUUUAUAAAAUUCUUUUUAAAUGGUCCGUUUACUUCCCUCGUUGUGCAUCUGCAUUGGUGUUACCUGUCAGCUCUGUGUUCUUGGGGAACCAGGGCGCAGUACCCAGCCUGUCUGGCUCACGAAAGACCUUCCUCGCCCCAGCCUCUGCUUGAACCAAAGCUGAUCAGAAGAAAGAUUUACAAAAAGCAAUGAAAAGGCCGUGGGAGACACCCCAAAACCCCUCCGGCCAAGGGUGACCGGAUUAAGGCAACUCCCCUAGGCUCAUUUGCAUCAAGGAUGGGACAGGGAGGCAUCCCCAUUAGCUUACAGACUGGAGAACAGCGGUUCCAAGGCAAGAACCGCACUGAACUCUGGGGGAUCUCUGCUCCAGAUGUUAAUGAGCCUACGCCUGCACACACCCAGCUCAGUGCUUAUCCGACCAAUUCUAGUAAUGAAUC